AUGCCCCCAACACAGGAGCAUUUCCACGGGACGCUCGAGCUGAAGAAGAUGACGGGCGACGGCAACUGCCUCUUCCAUGCGCUCGGGGAGAAAGAGCAAGACGAUGCAGUGUCCCUCCGCGAGGAAAUCAUCGACUUCCUCGAAGAAACCGCCAAGGACCAAGAGAAGGAGCAAGAAGAGGCGUGGCUGGAGGAGGCCGCAUACCUCCGAAACGACCCGAACGCUUGGGGAGGCGACACUGCCAUAGUGGCCUUCACGCUGAUGAGGCGCCAGAGGGUGAUGCUGCACUGGCGCGGAGAAGUCGGGCGCAUUCACACCGACGAGCGCACGCAUCUCGAGGUGGCAGAGGAGCUCCAGGCCGAAAGCCAAGACAUAAUUCACUUGUGGUACAAUGGACUUGACCAUUAUGACCUGCUCCUGCCCAGCCAAACAGCAGAGCCGCCCUCGCCCGCCGCCGACCCGGUCGAUGCUGAGCUGGAGGAUGUGUUGGAAGAGGUCUCGCGGACAGCAGUGGCUGCUGCGUCCGAUCACCCGCAUCGCGCACUGGAGGAUGCAAUCAAACAGCUGGCUGACGCCCGAAUCCGGGAUGAGCCCACAAUACCGCCGAUGGCAUCGCGCAGAGACGUGGAUGCCGGGGAAGCGUGGCCCCACGCUUUCUGCGCAUUCAGCGGCUGCAUCUGGAGCAGCCAGACUGGAGGCGAGGAGGACCUGAAGCAGCACCUCGCGGACCAGCACGCCUCGGAUUUACUGCCACUAGCCACGCUUCUGCCAGCCCAGGACAACAACAAGUGCUUGAGUGUCUACAACGCGGCCAUCAGCGUGAAGUGCCGCGCCCAAGCUCCCAUUGCUGGAAGCUCCCUCGACCGGAGCGCCUUGGCGAAGUUUGCAGCGGCCACUGCCAAGGACAACGUGGAGUCGCUGCCGCUGGAGAUCAUGAAGAACCUGCUGGGCGUGGACCAGUUCCUGGCCAAGUACGAUGAGCUGGAGGGUGGCGCCAAGCUGUCGGACUCCGAGGACCUAGGCGGCUGGCAGGUGUCAGUGAUUGAUGGUAGAGGCAAUGCCGUCAUGCUCCUGGGCUGCCCGGAAGACCACAGAUGCACGGCCAACCCCGAGCACCCACGCCAGGGCACGUUGUGUGAGCACUGCGAAGUCCCCAUCUGCCGAUCCUGCCACGACCACCUCUGCAAGAAGAAGCUGCCCCCGCUCAGCCUGGCAAACGACAUGUGGAGCGGCUACGGGCCCGAGACUCUCUACAGCCAGAACGUCACCGUCAUGGAGAUGCUGUGCGCAAGCCCGUGCAUCACCACGCUGGUCUGCCUGUCCAUGGAGGCUCGGCACCACGGCGAAGAGGUGCCCGGGAAGUCCAUGGAUGAGACGGCGCACAUGGCUCGGCACCGUCAGGGCGCGCGCGGCAAUGCGCUGACCUUCCCGAUGCCUUGGGAAGACCUGCUCCAGAAGCUCCAGCAGCAGAACGGCCCCGGGGCAGCGGCGCUGCCUCGCAGUCCGCAAGAGCUCUCCGGCAUCGUGCGCGUCAUCCUCGCCACCAACAAGGAAGGCCAGACCACCCAAACGGACAUUAAGAACCUCGUGCACCAAGCCAACGUGCGCAGACGAGUGGUCGUGAAGUUGAUCCUGGACAUGAAGCGCUAUGGCCACCCCUCCUUCCAGGGCAUCGACGAGCAGCAGGUGCUCGAGAAGGCCGCCUCGCUACCCGAAGACGGUGUGCCGGCGGAAGUGGUCAAGAUCAUCCACCAGCUGGAUGGCUCGCAGGAGAAGCUUCAGCCGCAGAAGGCCGCGACGCCCACAGAUGGCAUGCAAACUCUGGACCAGGCAGGGCAGGGCAGGGCUGGAAGGGUCUUCGCUGCACAGCGGCCCCGUGCCAUCGUGGCCGAGGGCGAGAGCUUGGACAAGCAGGACCAGAAUGCCAUAGGCUUCGCGGCCCUUUCAAGCCUGCAGGAACAGGAUCGGGAGCAAGCACAGCCGCCGCCGGAGGAAAGGAGAGCCGACACCUUCGUGGUCCGGACCGGGAACGCGCUCGUCGACCAGUUCCAGCCGAAGUACUUUGCCAUCGCCUUCGCCUUCUGCUUUAAGUACGGCACGGCCUGCCCCGACGUGCUCAACACCACAGCACAGGAACAAGAGAGGAGCCGUCGUCGCGAGAGAGACCCGCACAGUCCCAUGGUCAGCAUUCACGAAUGGGCAGCCGGCAUGGGGCGGAGAGUGGAGGCCCAGUUCCGUCGAGACUGGAACUUCGGCUUUGUCUUGUGGAACUACCUCUUCCGGACCAUGGUCAACUUGCAAGGCAGCGUCUACCUUUACUCUGAAGGUGGCAAGAAGAUGACCGGUGAGGAAAUCCAGGAAGGUUCCCGGCAGCUGCGAGGCAUGCUGGAGCACGGGAAGUACACGGACAUCACCGGCGCCAAGAAGCCCGUGAACAGGGACUUCAGCAAGGUGAGGUACGCGGACGGGCUGCCGCCCGCGGGCAAGAAGAUCGUCGAGAACUGCAUUGCCAAGUGUCGAAACAUCCCGGGAACCCACGAGGUCCGCAACUCGAUGAGACAGCAGACGCACGCCUACCGGGUCUGCUACGGCACGCCCAUCUUCCUGACGUUCUCUCCGUCCGAACGGGACUCCACCAUCAUGCUCCGCCUGGCAAGAACUCGAGAGGCCGACCCUGCCCUGGCACACGACCAAAGCCGAGACUUCCAAACCAGGAGCCGGCCGGAGCUGGACGUGGACUUCUUGCAGCUGGACCCAGAAGUCUUGCUGCAGGCCCUUCCCGAUUACGACCAGCGGCGGGCGAUGCUGGCCAGAGACCCGCUGGCGUGCGCGGAGGGCUUUUGGGCGCUGGUGCAGCUUGCGCUACGGCAUCUCUUCGGCGUGCGCUGGUGCCCGAACUGCCCGCACUGCGCCAAGUCCAAGGCACCUUGCACGGAUGCUUUCGGGAGCAGCGCCACCGCCAUGGGCGGCAUCCUCGGCCGCGUCGAUGCAGCGUUCGGCUCCAUCGAGUGCCAGAAGAGCGGCACGCUCCAUGUCCACUUCCAGAUCUUCCUGCAGUGCUUCCACCAGUUCACGCCCCUCACGGAGCUCGUGCACAUGGCCAAGGACGCUUACCAGGACCUGGUGCAGAGAUACAAGGACUACACCGCCCACGUUCGGCGCACCGUGUACUGCAGCCCAUCCACCUGGCAGAAGGAGCGGGCGCUCGUGGAGGCGGCCUGGCCCGAGUACCGCGACUCGCUGCUCAUGCUCAGCCGCCCAGCCUACCAGACCAACGGCGAACUGCCUGCAGCCGCCUGGCGAGAGAGGUACCUUGACGCAGAUGUGGAGGAACUCCAGAAGCACAAGCAGCACCACGUGCACCUCGCCAAGACGCCCGGCGGACCCAGGCUCCCGUUGAACCAUUGUCAAGAUCGAAAAGACCCCACCAAGUGCAAGGCCGGCUUCCCGAGAAACAAGCAACUGACCGAGGAGACCGUGCUGGUGUGCGAGGGCCUGGCUCGGCAGAUGGACAUGCCCGCCAAAGGCAAGAGGAGCAUGCUGGGAUCCCUCUGGGGUCCAGUCAACGACCCAGACCUCAACGGCACGCACCCGGCGCUGCUUGCCGCCAUCCGCUGCAACUCGGACGUACAGCUGCCUUACCGCUUCCCCAUCAACGCGGACACCCACAGCGCUGCCUGCGAAGACAAGAAAUGCCCGGGCGGCAACCAGCCUGUCCGAGCCUUGGUCCGCGAAGCACAAAGAACCCAGUCUGCGCAGGCCGGGUAUGCCUGCGACUACGGCAACAAGCGUGGUCCCAUCGCCACGCACGAGAUCCGAGAGUGGAACAAGGGCAACAACGACAUGGCAGAGGAGCUCAAGGGCAAGCCCGCUGGCUACAUCGGCUCCCGCAACGAAAGUCGUUUCAUCACCGACUGCUUCUGCCGGGGCGUGUGCCGCGGUUCCACAGAAUGCCUCAACCUCAUCACGCGGCACCAGCGCCAGGAUCCCUUGGAUGCGGAGUCGGUGCGCACCGCUCAGGUGAUCAACCUGCCUCUGUCACAUGGUGUGGAGUUGCUGCAGGCAGCAGUGAACGAGCAGNNGAGCACGGAUGCAAGAGCUCACAAGCAGCGGAAGAUCGUCAGCCACUGCCCGUUCUGGACCCUCUACGGCUCCCGCGGAAGCGACCCGCGCGUCCACCAGCUGUCAGCCUUCGAGUUCGCCCGGCACUACGAGUUCAGGAGAGCAGCCCAUCCUUGGAGCCUGGCGCAACAAGAGGCUGAAGUAAACACCGGCAAAUACGAAGCUCUUCUCACCGAGGCUGGCAUGGAAAAAGUGCGUUGGCAUGGAGCUAGGGCGAAGCUUUCCGCGGGCGUCGACUACCGAGUUCGAGAGCCAACUGUCACCGAGCAAUGGAUCCCCUUCGGUGCCUCCGAGCUGGCGGACCCUUUCCGUCACGACUGGGUGAUGGUCCCGCGCGAGCGGCCCUAUGUUCCGGUACUCCUCGGCGCCGAGGGCAACAAGACCGAUGAAGAGCAGGCCAUGAAGGUUUUGCUGCUUUUCCGCCCCUGGGUGAACGAUCGCCGCCUGGCUCUGGAAGACUGCGUGCCCUUCGUAAGCAAGAUCCGCGAUCCGGAUGCGACCGGCUGGCGCCAUGCUCUGCAGCUCUGGCUAACUCGGAGAGGCUUUCCGACGGAGUCGGUGAAGCGCUAUGCGACCCAGUUCUGCUUCGUGCACUGCUUGCCGAGGGAUCUGCAAUCCAGCGCCGACCUCGAGCCCAACAGCGACAACGAGGACCUCGAGGACGUGCCCUGCCACUUCAACGAGGACGACAUCGCCUUGGCCAUGGAGACGCAUGUACGGGGAGAUGGAGAGCAGGGCAGCGGGCCGGCAGAAGACGAGCUGAACUCGCACGCCCAGCGCGCCAAGCACCUCUUUGGGCUGUCCCGCUCCGCCUGGCUGGACAAGGAGCGCAUCGACCCGGCCGCUGCGGAGCGCUACCAGGACUUUGCGGUCAAGGAGCCCAUCCGGGACCACCAGCAAGUCAGAAAGGCGGCCAGCAAGUCGCACAACGCCGGGGAGAACAAGAGCAGGCAAGGCAGAGGGCUGGCAGCAUCAUCCUCAAGAGACCCGGAGGUGCAUGCACAGGAGUCGGUGACGGUCGCGCGUCUCCGGGAUUGGCUGUACGGUGACAAGGUCAGGAACGGCACCAACGCCAAGCAGCACGCGUUUCUGGAGCUGGUCGUGGACCGCGUGCUGGUGGAGCUCGAGCUGAUCGAGCCCGACCAGUCCAUUCGAAGGAGCUCGGAACCCUUGGCCUGGCUGCUACAUGGGCCCCCGGGCGCAGGCAAGUCCCACGCGCUCCCCCUCCUGCGAGAGCUCUUCGAAGACUUGCUCGGGUACAAGCAGGGCAUCGACUACGAGAUCAUGGCCUUGCAGGCGGUGAACGCCGUGGACAUUCGGGGCGAGACCAUCCACAAGGCCUUCGGCAUGAACGAGCGCGAGCGCAGAACAUCCACCGAGAAGGCAAAAGCGGCGGCUCAGCGUAUCGGCUAUUGGCGCUGGGUGAUCGUGGACGAGAUCAGCAUGGUCAGCGCCAAGCUGCUGGCCAAGCUGGAGCAGCAGCAGCGGGAGUAUACGCCGAGUCAGAGCGCCUUCAAGCGAGAUGCUGCCGGCAAGGUGAGGCACUGGGGCGGCGCCAACAUGAUCUUCCUGGGCGACUUCUACCAGCUCCCGCCGCCCGAAGGCGGCUUUCUUGGGGACGUGCCUCGCUGUCUCGCAUCCACCGGAGCCACGGAAGAUGCUGGAGAUCCUGCCAUCGAGCGGGGCCGUGAGCUCUUUUGGCAGGGCGGCGUGCAGGGCGUCACGGAGCUGACCGAGAUCCUGCGGUGCGAUGACCCAUGGUGGAAUGAGGUGGUGGAGCAGCUGCGACAAGGGUGCCUUUCCGAAGAGAACCACAGAUACCUGCACGGCCUGCGGGUGGAGGGCUGCACGCUCUCGCCAGAAGAGCGGGCGUCACGGAAGAGGGUCAUCGACCAUCCCAACGACCCGCGCCUGCAGGAGCCCAAGUUCCGAGAAGCGAUGGUGAUCCUGGCCAACAACGAUGCCCGUUACCAGAUCAACAAGGACAAGGCGCGGGCCUACAGCCAACGGUCCGGAGCGCCGCUGCGAUGGUCCGUGGCCAGAGACGUGGCCAGCGCGGAAGCCCUGCAGGCGCAAGACUGCAGCAAGGAAGCCAAGAGGAAGUGGCUCCAGUACCAUGACCGCCGCACCGGCGACUUGUGUGGCCUGCUACCCUUGGCAAUCGGCUUGCCCGUGGCCCUCACGGACCACAUAGACAGAUCCCGGGACAAGCACCUGCUCCGAGGCCGCCAAGGCCACGUGCACUCCUGGCUGUGGAGGGACAAUGAGAACAUGCCGGACGUGGUCUACGUCAAGUUCGCAGAUGCGGACUGGCAGCUCCCCGGCACCCCGGAACCGGGCAUUUAUCCUCUGCGCCCGAAGACUGUGGAGUGGUGUCUGGACGAAGGCCGCGGCGACCGCAAGGUCUUGAAGGUGAAACGGACGCAGAUCCAGCUCACGCCUGCAUUCGCCUGCACGGCUUACAGCAGCCAAGGGAAGACAUUGAAGGCCGCUGUCCUGGACCUGAACGUCGACAAGAACGUGCACCAGACCUUGGGAACUGUGGCGGCCAGCCGCGUGCGCAGCCGCCACGAUGUGUUGAUCUUGCGACCUUUCCCGCUCUGGCUCUUCAAUCGCGGGGCCCCAGAAGGCCCCACCCUGCUGCUGCGAACUCUCCGGCAAGACCAUGUGGACUGGACCGCCUACCGCGAAGCCAAGCGGCCCUUUGCCGCCUGCCAGGCCUGCGGCCUCGUCAAGGAACUGGAGGGCUUCUCCUACAAAGAAUGGCAGAAGAUCCGAACCACGAAGCCGGGAAAGUGCCUGCGCUGCGCCAACGGCGAAAAGGGGCCCGUGAAGCGCAAGCUCGGCAGGGCGGACCUGGCCAAGCACCUCUGCAACGCCUGCGGCUGCCACAAGAUCGAACUGGCGUUCCCCCAGGCACAACUGCGGCAAGCACGGAAGCAGUGCACCAGAUGCGCGGAAGAUGCGCGGCAGCUUCGCUGCGCCGUCUGCAACAACGUCAAAGACGUGUCCACGGACUUCGUGCCGGCUAUGCGAACGCUGCCGCCCGCAGCCAUUGCUUGCCAGGAGUGUCAGCGAGGAGUUCGUAAGCAGUCAAAGCGCUCACGGGCUGGAUGGUUCCUCUGUCAGGGGUGCAGGGAAGACUUCCCAAUCGCUGCAGCCGGCAACACCUCCGAACAGCACUGCCUCAAUUGCGCUUCGCGCCAAGCAGCACCAAGGCUGAAGGGGUGGCUGAAGUGCAGGACUUGUCAGAAAAGCUUUCAGCAUCGAGGUGGUCCCUGGAGACCGCAGAGGUGUCCCGAGUGCAGGAGAGCACCAAAAGCAUGCGCCAAUCCGUAG